CGCAUAAAAGAAUAUACAUAUACAAAAAUCAAUAAACAGCCAUACUCUAAAAUAAGAAAAUGUUUCAUGUGUAGUUAUAGAAAUAAUCGAUAUUAUAUACACAAAAUGGUUUAAAACAGAACAUAAAAUGCCCAAACCUGUUCAUUUCACUGCAAUAUAUGCAACAAGCGAGGAUGCCAAAUACCGAUACGCAGAAUUAAAUACUCACGGCCCAAUAAUUAAAGGAUGGCAAUCGGAAAAGAAUUGUCAAUAUCCCCAAGAAAUAAUACUCAAAUUAGAUACGAGAUGCGAAAUGAGCAAAAUUCAAAUUUUAUCCCACCAAUUUAUGAUACCUUCGAAAGUUGAAUUAUUUCUAAACAACGACGAUAUAGACAUAAUUAAAGACGUGGCCAACAUAAAUUGGGAAUAUUUAGGUUAUAUAACAUUAUCUACGAACGAAAGUACCGAAUUUAAAAGUAGGGAACUGAAAUCGGCCAGUGUACCGAAAAAAAACGUAACAUUCCUUAAAAUUAAUCUACUUAAUAACCACUUUAAUUGUUUAAACGAAUACAACCAGGUUAGCCUUAUAGCUAUAAAUAUUCUUGGUAAGGAUAUAAAUUUUCAACGUCCUACCAAUUCUGAUAGUGACGAAGGAAAAAUAUUCGAUAUUCUAAACGACCCUGAUUAUUAUUCUCCUUACGAUGAUUUGGCCUUUUUGAUGUAUGUCGAUGUAGAUGUUGCCAAAAUUAUAAAAGAGAUGGAGAUUAAGAAACAUUUGGCUGUGAUACAUGAGAGAUUUGAAUACGCUAGAAAAUUAAAAAUCACCAUGACGAAAUUACGGGUGGCUGGGGAAAAGUUGGCUAAAUACGAGCUCGAAAAGAAAUACGCUAUAGAUGUAGAGGAUUACGAAAAAGCUAGACACAAGAAGAACCAAAUGGAACAAUUCAGAUCCGAAAUAUACGAGGAAUUAUGUAUAGAACAAUUGAUGGAAUAUAACGGGGUAUGUCGAAAAAAUGAUGAAUACCAAGAAGAAAUCGAUUCGCAAAAUAAAAAUUUGUUAUCUCCGGUAUUAACAAAAGGUUAUUCUGAUAAAGAUAGAAGAUCCGUAUCUCCUCACUUGAACAGUCAGAUAUCACCUCUACACACAACGAAACACCAAAGUCCCAAAACUGGAUCCCCAAAUACGGGAAGCCCUACAAAUAUACACAGUAGAGGAGGUUCUUUUAGACGCAGGAAUAAAUCUGCCGGAGCUAUAGUCAAGUCUACAUAUGAGAUGUACGAGGAAAAACCGUUACCUGCCUUAAGACAUUCCCAAACUAAUGAAUUUCUGAGAGAAUGCCACUUGGAACCCGACCAUAAAGUAACAUCCAAACUCACGGAAAGGGAAAAAAAACAAGCUGCACUUCCAAUUCUGUUAUUCGGAAACGAUUUAGUGGAAAAAUUCUAUUCGAAACAUUAUUGCGAUAAGGAAGACGGUUUGAAUAGCCUCAAAGACGAACUUCUCACUUACGACACCAACAAAUUGCACGUACCCAAUAAAAUAGCGAGAGGCGCCAUCUUUUUGUUACACAGAGCGUUACGCGAUAAAGUUUUCUCGGUGUAUAAUCUGGCUAAUGAAGUUAUUCGAUUGUUUUUUGUGCAGUUUGUGCCGGGGAGGGUGACUCAAGCUGAAGUCGCUAGGAGUGUGGAUAAGUUGUUGCCGGAACUUUUGACGAAAUCCGGCGAUACUAGUCAAAGGAUUAACCAAAUGGCGGUACAUACUAUAUUGACAAUGGCGGAUUGUAAAAGUGUAAGAGAACUUCAUAUUAUCCCAGUUCAUUUAAGUAGACCAGUGAACAAUAGCACCCACCCUAGACUAGCUUUAAGUAGGGCAGAAAUGGUAGAACAGCUCAUAAUUAAUCACGGAAUUUCCACCGAAAAACAAAGCGGUCUAACUUGUAGAACUCUAGCUGAAUUUGGUCUAAGCGGUUUACAUCAUCCAGCGGAACCUGUCAGAAAAGUAUCCGAAAGGAUUUUAGUGUUGGUAUAUAGGGUGAACCCGAGAUUAGUGAGGAAACAACUACCCCCUGACGAUGAUAUUACGAGAAGAAACUUGUUAUAUAGACAACUAUUUCACGAAUUCGAUAAAAUCGACGUUGAGAGAAAAAAAGAAAUGCUGGAGAAAAAUCGUGUUCUACAACAAACUCAACUCCCUCCUAUUAGCCCCGAGCCCGUCCCUGUGGUAUUUCAACAAAACGGCAAAAUAGAAUUGAGCAAAUGUCCGAGCGCCAAUAACUUGAAAACGAUAACUAAUGAAGGUUAUCAAGUCGAUAGCGAUCAACAAAAAAGUCACGCUCUAAUGAAAAGUCAAAGCGGAACCGCCGUACAUACCAACGGAAGUAACGUUACUAACAAUGGCCAAAGUUCCAGUUCCGCCAGCGCGAUAUCUUCUCCUAGUAAUACUUCUCAAAAAGAAGAAGAAGAAAAACACUGCAUUUUUUGUAAACAAACCGAAACAUCGAUAUUUUUGGUAAACAAUUCGAUGAACUCGCACUAUUGGCGUUCGUGUCCGAUGUUAAUCCGUUGCAAAGAAUGCAGUCAAGUAGUAGAAGUAUCAACUUUAACGGAACAUUUGCUAGUGGAGUGUGAACAAAAAGAACGUUACACGCAAUGCACCAUAUGCUCGGAAGCUGUUAAAUCUGACAAAUUUCAGGAACACCAACCGCAUUGUAAAGAUUUAGCCGAAACUUGUAACAGGUGUCCGCUGUGUCACGAAAAUAUAGAAAUUGUGGAAAAUUGUUGGACGAAUCAUCUUAUGGGGCCUAAACCGUGUACGAAAAACGCACGAAUAAAAACUUCCAGAUUACCCAAGCACGUGAAAAUAAAAGGUUGAUUGUCAUUUGUAACAGUGUUUGAUCAUUUUCUUAUGGAAACCUUGCUGCGGAUAUGUUUUUAUUAAAUAAUUUCGGUAAAAUAACUAACAGGUAGGUGGUAACUCUCAUUUUGAUCUAAUUUCCAAACAAACUGAGAAUAUUUAAGGAAAUGAAUCAAUUUUUUUCUAAUGUUUCACAAAAAGCAUUUUAUAUAUAUCAUACAAUGCUGUAAUCUGUUGAAAAUGAUAUUUUCUUUCAUGUUAAAUAUAUUAAUUAGAUACAUGAUUCACUGUUAUUAGCAACCAAAAAUUCUUGUUUAAUAAUUUAUAGACAAAUUUCUGCAUAAUUACAUUUAACGUUUUUAUCGAUCGUUGGUGAUAUUUUUACUCGCCCUUCAUGAAAUACUCAUUGUUGAUGCAAAAAUAUUUGAUAUUUUUCAACAAUAUUUAGCCUAACUGACAAUUUAACUUAUAAGUGAUACGAUUACUUGUUUCAAGUCUUAAAAUUGAUUAAAUACUAGAAAUAAUUAAAGUUCAUCUCUUCCAAACUAAAAAUCAACCAAAACAAACUUGUUACCUUUGAAACUGUUGAUUAUUAUACUGUACAUUACAAUAACGCUGUCUGGUCAUUUCUGUAGGUUAAAAUUGAGCUCGAAGGACCAAACAGUGAAAACUAAACAUCAAUUAUUUACUAUUAUCAAGAACUUAAUCAAAGGAAUGUCUUUUUGACCAGAUUUCAGUACAAUUUGUAUGCCACUAAAAACAGUUGAAUAACCGAACUAAAGUUUUCACCACAUUAACAAAAUCUAAACUAAUUCCAAUUGUUUUAUCAAUUUUUCUGUUUAAUAUCACUAUAAUUGACUUGAUAAUAAUUUUAAUUUAUUCAUUUUCGGUAUGGCAGUAAAUAGUAGUUCAAAAAUAUUUGUAAACGAAUUUUUUCUUAAAAAACAAUUAUAAAUACUCAUUUCAUCACCAUUAAAUGGGAAUAUAAAUAAAAUUCAACAAAACUUUGUGAAAUUUGUAAACUAAGUGCAAUAUUUAAAUAUUUUCGAUUAUAUAUGUUCACCAAAAAAUAUGUAUAUUUAGAAUAUACAAUUACCAGCUUAAAAA